AUGGUGAACCUGCACCUCGCAUACACAGCGCCCAUCAACCCUGCGGGCGUGAAGCCAGUCCUCACCACCGCACAAGUCUACGCCGGCCUAGACCGCAAGAUAUAUUUCCCGCAGGAGUUUGUGCCCGUGAUUGAGUCGUGCGAGGUGAUCGAAGAGAAGGACGGCGUGGUGGUGCGGGACGUGGUGUUCAAGGCAGGCGGGCCGAAGAAGCAGGCGAGGGAGUGGGUGAGGAGUUAUUGGCCUGCUUGGCACGAUUUCGAACAGGAAGAUGGUUCGCAUGUUAGGAAUAUCAUCUCUGAUGGGCCGUCGGGCGAGGAGGGCGAUUUGCUCUUGACGUAUACGUUUCAGUAUCAAUUACCGCAUUUGGCGGAGGGGUCGAAGGAGGCGGAGGAGCAGUUGGUUAAGCUUAAGGGGGUGGCGAAGAACGCAGUCAACAAGUCGAUCGAUGUGAUCCGGAAGAUGGUCAUCGAGGGGAAGAUUGAGAAGUAG